AUGCAAAUCAAGAACUCGUUGUUGCUGCUGACGGCCCUGACCGCUGGCUCUGCCGUGGCCCGUAUGCAUGGCCAUGAACGCCGUCACGCUCACCAGGAUAAGCGAGGUGUGGGCGACCUUGUCUAUGCCACUAUUGACGGCAAGCUCGUCUCUUGGAUCAACGAGUGGUCUGGUCAGGCUACUCCGGUUGCCGCAGCUGUGGAGGCGGCAGUCACCUCUGUGAUGGCUGAGCCGACUGCCAUCGCUGCUCUGCUUGCAGCCCCCUCGUCGUCGUCGUCCGCUUCUUCUUCUUCUUCUUCUUCUUCUUCUUCUUCUUCUUCUUCUUCUUCCUCUUCUAGUGACAGCUCUAGCUGGACCUCCAUCCCAUCGAAUGGACAGUACUCGACCACUGGAUUUGGCGGCUCCACGACCUCCUCUAGCAGUGGUAUUGAGUAUGCUGGCAACGUCGGCAACCCAUGGGGCAGCAACAUCAUCGAAGUCGCCGAGGCCGCUGCUUCUCAGUACCAGUAUGUUUUGCGGAUCGUGGGCAGCAGCACCGACGAGUGGACUUUUACCCUCUGGAACAAGAUCGGCCCUGAUGGGAAGAUGGAUGGCUGGUAUGGACACUCGGCCUUGACCCUUACAUUGGCCGCGGGCGAGGUCAAAUACGUGGCGUUUGCUGCCAACUCCCAGGGUGGUUGGGGUGCCGCCAAGGGAAGCACCCUCCCGACCGACCAAGAUGGUGGCUACUCGUGCACCUGGGGUGAAUUCGACUUUGGAAACACCAGCAACGACGGCUGGUCCGGCUGGGACGUCUCGGCCAUCCAGGCCCAGGCUGCCAGCCAGGAAGUCCAGGGCAUGCGCAUCUGCGAAGCCACCAGCAGCAGCAGCUCGUGCUCCUACAUCACCUCCUCUGCGUCCGCCGUCGUCAACGCUUACACAUACGCUCUUCGCGAAGUUGACGGACUCGGCGGCAACUCCAACGCCGAGGCCGUCCGUCUGGAGGUGCACAUUGACUACAACUAA